GAUACAUCUCUCAGACUGCGUGCGAUCCUCGAACGAAACGGUUGUAAGUGCGGAGCGAGCGCGGCCAUAACGUCUACACUGUAUCUGUCAGUGCACCACUGUGUGUGGUACAACAACAAAGAUAAAUAGCGCAGAACUCGUGCUGGAGCCAAGAAGAAGAUAUUGUAACUCAGCCGAAGUUUUUGUGGAUUAAAGCCGAAAAAUCCGGCCACCGUGAGUUCUAUUAGUGUGUGUGCGUGCGCGAAGUGUCAAGAAGAAGCAGUCGCAGAGAGCGCGAAAAGCAAGAGAGAAAGAGCGAAAGCAAAACGACAACGAAAAGAAAACGUGAGCGUCCGUCGUCCGUCGCUUUUCCAUGUGUGUGAAUGAUGUGUGAAAAUUCUGUCCAAUUCCCCAAAAAAUUGUGCCCACAGCCGCCGAGGUAAACCCCGAAAAAAACCCGAAGAAAAGCGCGUACAAAUCAACGAAAUAAAUCUUUCGAAUCAAAAAAGCGAAGCCUGCAAUCACAACAAAAACCCAAACAACAACAACAGCAAAGAGCGCUCAGAAGAUACACAGCGUGCGAGAGCGAACGAACGAGCGAGAAGAAGCAGCAGCAGGCAGAAGAGAGCGAGAAAAUGCAGAGUGCAGUGCACAAAAUGCAUUUAAACAAAACACAAAUUCAAGGCAGUAAUUAAUACUCAUUGCAUCGCGUUCGAACUAUAAGCCCAAACUGCCUCCCCGAGGCAAGCACUCUCUCAAACGUAUCUGCUCAGAUUCCAUCCGGAAUCCGCAUCCAUAUCCGUGCAUCCGCAUCCCAAGCCAGCAAAGAUAACGCUAAAUAAUGGACCGCGACAGCCUCCCACGCGUUCCGGACACACACGGCGAUGUGGUCGAUGAGAAACUAUUCUCGGAUCUCUAUAUACGCACCAGCUGGGUGGACGCCCAAGUGGCGCUCGACCAGAUCGAUAAGGGCAAGGCGCGUGGCAGCCGGACAGCGAUCUAUCUGCGAUCAGUAUUCCAGUCCCACCUCGAAACACUCGGCAGCUCCGUACAGAAGCAUGCGGGCAAGGUGCUCUUCGUGGCGAUCCUGGUGCUGAGCACCUUCUGCGUCGGCCUGAAGAGCGCCCAGAUCCACUCCAAGGUUCACCAGCUGUGGAUCCAAGAGGGCGGUCGCCUGGAGGCGGAGCUGGCCUACACACAGAAGACGAUCGGAGAGGACGAGUCCACGACGCAUCAGCUGCUCAUACAGACGACACAUGACCCCAAUGCCUCGGUCCUGCAUCCGCAGGCGUUACUGGCGCACCUCGAUGUCCUGGUCAAGGCCACCGCCGUCAAGGUGCAUCUGUACGACACGGAAUGGGGGUUGCGAGACAUGUGCAACAAACCCAGUGCGCCCUCAUUCGAGGGCACAUACUACGUCGAGCAGAUCCUGCGCCACCUCAUCCCAUGCUCGAUUAUCACGCCGCUGGACUGCUUCUGGGAGGGUAGCCAGCUUCUGGGACCGGAAUCUGCGGUGGUCAUACCUGGCAUUGAACAGCGACUCCUGUGGACCACACUCAACCCCAGCUCGGUGAUGCAGUACAUGAAACAAAAGCUCACCGAGGAGAAGAUCAGCUUCGACUUCGAGACCGUCGAACAGUACAUGAAGCGGGCGGCCAUCGGCAGCGGAUAUAUGGAGAAGCCCUGCCUCAAUCCGCAGAAUCCCAGUUGUCCCAAUACGGCGCCCAACAAGAACAGCAGCCAGCCGCCCGAUGUGGGAGCCAUCCUCUCCGGCGGGUGCUACGGCUAUGCGGCCAAGUACAUGCACUGGCCGGAGGAGCUCAUUGUGGGCGGAGCAAAGAGGAACCGCAGCGGACACUUGAGGAAGGCGCAGGCCCUGCAGACGGUGGUGCAGCUGAUGACCGAGAAGGAGAUGUACGAUCAAUGGUAUGACAAUUACAAGGUGCAUCAUCUGGGCUGGACCCAGGAGAAGGCCGCCGAGGUGCUCAACGCCUGGCAGCGCAACUUCUCGCGGGAAGUGGAGCAGCUGCUGCGCAAGCAGUCGCGGAUUUCGGCCAACUACGACAUCUACGUGUUCAGCUCGGCGGCUUUGGAUGACAUCCUGGCCAAGUUCUCGCAUCCCAGCGCUCUGUCUAUCGUGAUUGGAGUGGCAGUCACCGUGCUGUAUGCCUUCUGCACGCUCCUCCGCUGGAGGGAUCCCGUCCGGGGACAGAGCAGCGUCGGCGUGGCCGGUGUCCUGCUCAUGUGCUUCAGUACAGCGGCGGGACUGGGUCUGUGCGCCCUCCUGGGCAUCGUCUUCAAUGCGGCCAGCACCCAGGUUGUGCCGUUUUUGGCACUGGGACUGGGCGUCGACCACAUCUUCAUGCUGACGGCUGCUUAUGCGGAGAGCAAUCGGCGGGAGCAGACAAAGCUCAUCCUGAAGAAGGUGGGUCCGAGCAUCCUCUUUGGGGCCUGCAGCACGGCGGGAUCCUUCUUUGCGGCUGCCUUCAUCCCGGUGCCGGCCCUCAAGGUCUUCUGCCUGCAGGCUGCGAUCGUCAUGUGCUCCAAUCUGGCGGCGGCUUUGCUGGUCUUCCCUGCGAUGAUCUCGCUGGAUCUGCGACGACGCACCGCCGGCCGAGCGGACAUCUUCUGCUGCUGCUUUCCGGUGUGGAAGGAGCAGCCGAAGGUGGCGCCUCCUCCCCAGGUGCUGGCCCUGAAUAACAACAAUGGUGGACGCGGGUCUAGGCACCACCCGAAGGCGUGUAACAACAACAGGGUGCCGCUGCCGGCGCAGAAUCCCCUGCUGGAGCAGAGGUCUCAGGCUCCAGGCCAGGCAGGAAGCAGCCACUCGCUGGCCUCCUUCUCGCUGGCCAACUUUGCCUUCGAGCACUACACACCCUUCCUAAUGCGCAGCUGGGUGAAGUUCUUGGCCGUGAUGGGUUUCCUGGCCGCGUUAAUAUCCAGCCUGUACGCCUCCACCCGGCUGCAGGAUGGCCUGGAUAUCAUCGACCUGGUGCCGAAGAGCAGCAACGAGCACAAGUUCCUGGAUGCCCAGACGCGACUCUUUGGAUUCUACAGCAUGUACGCGGUGACCCAGGGCAACUUUGAGUAUCCCACGCAGCAGCAGUUGCUGCGGGACUACCACGACUCCUUCGUCCGGGUGCCACAUGUGAUCAAGAACGAUAAUGGAGGUCUUCCAGACUUCUGGCUGCUGCUCUUCCGGGAGUGGCUGAGCAAUCUGCAGAAGACUUUUGACGAGGAGAUUCGGGAUGGAAGGCUGACCAAGGAGUGCUGGUUCCCCAACGCCAGCAGCGAUGCCAUUCUGGCCUACAAGCUCAUCGUGCAGACGGGCCACGUGGACAAUCCUGUGGACAAGGAUCUGGUGGUGACGAGUCGGCUGGUCAACUCUGAUGGUAUCAUCAAUCCGAAGGCCUUCUACAACUAUCUGUCGGCGUGGGCCACCAAUGAUGUUUUUGCUUAUGGAGCUUCUCAGGGCAAACUCUAUCCCGAACCGCGACAGUAUUUCCACCAGCCCACCGAGUACGACCUGAAGAUCCCCAAGAGCCUACCCUUGGUCUACGCCCAGAUGCCCUUUUACCUGCACGGACUGACGGAUACUUCGCAGAUCAAGACCUUAAUCGGUCACAUUCGGGAUCUGAGCGUAAAGUUCGAAGGGUUCGGUCUGCCCAAUUAUCCCUCGGGCAUUCCGUUCAUCUUUUGGGAGCAGUACAUGACCCUGCGAUCGUCCCUGGCCAUGAUCCUGGCCUGCGUGUUCUUGGCUGCCUUGGUUUUGGUCUCCUUGCUGCUGCUGUCCGUUUGGGCCGCCUUCCUGGUGAUCCUCAGUGUUCUGGCCUCGCUGGCCCAGAUCUUUGGGGCCAUGACCUUGCUGGGCAUCAAGCUCUCGGCCAUUCCAGCCGUCAUACUCAUCCUCAGCGUUGGCAUGAUGUUGUGCUUUAAUGUGCUGAUAUCACUGGGCUUCAUGACAUCCGUCGGCAAUCGUCAGCGUCGCGUCCAGCUGAGCAUGCAGAUGUCCCUGGGCCCGCUGGUCCACGGGAUGCUGACCUCCGGCGUGGCGGUCUUCAUGCUCUCGACUUCGCCGUUUGAGUUCGUGAUUCGGCACUUCUGUUGGCUGUUGCUCGUAGUGCUCUGCGUGGGCGCCUGCAACAGCCUGGUAGUAUUCCCCAUUCUGCUGAGCAUGCUCGGUCCGGAGGCCGAGCUGGUGCCCCUGGAGCAUCCCGAUCGGAUAUCCACUCCCUCGCCGCUGCCCGUGAGGAGCAGCAAGCGCUCUGGCAAGUCCUAUGUGGUGCAGGGAUCCCGAUCCUCUCGAGGCAGCUGCAAGUCCCAUCACCACCACAACUACAAGGAUGUGAACGACCCGUCGUUGACCACGAUCACCGAGGAGCCCCAGUCCUGGAAGUCCAGCAACUCGUCCAUCCAAAUGCCCAACGACUGGAGUGCCCCGCUCCCGAAUUACGGUGGCUAUCAUGGAGGAGGCGGAGGGGGAGUGAGGGAAUCUCGUCCCGCCUCCUAUGCGGCCCCGCCUCCCGCCUAUCACAAGGCAGCCGCCCAGCAUCCGCAUCCACACCCGCACCCCCAGCAGCAGCAUCAGCAGCCACCGCCUCCAUUUCCGGCGGCAGUAUAUCCGCCGGAACUGCAGAGCAUCGUGGUGCAGCCGGAGGUGACGGUGGAGACGACUCACUCGGACAGCAACACCACCAAGGUGACGGCUACGGCCAACAUCAAGGUGGAGCUGGUGACGCCCGGCCGGGCGGUGCGCAGCUAUAACUUUGCGAGUUAGCACUAGUUCCUGUAGCCAUUAGCCCGUAGCUGUAAGCCUUAGUCCUAAGUCUUCACUUUAAAUGUAUCUGUAUCUAUAUCUAUGUAAUCGGUUUGUCUAUCGGGUCUGUUCGGGAUAUAACUUUCACGGAGUCGUGGUUUGACUUGGAAUAGGUUACCCCUUUUGUCAAAUUUGUGGGAAUGAAUUAGAGGUUUGAAGUUUAAAAAUGAUAUCCUAAAGUAUUUUAAUUCCCAUAAUUCUUUAAUUUAAAUUUAAAGUUGUAAAAGUUUGCUUUUUAAAUAUUUGAGUUUGAUUUCAAUUCGAGGACAAAACAUUUCACUAAAUUAAACCCAAAAUCCAAGAUAAAAAAGUUCGAUUUCAAUUUGUAAAAUACCCAGUAGCUUAUAGAUUUCUUUGAUUAAUGUUCAAAGACCUUUAAAAGGGGCUAUAAAUCAUGAAGAAAAAACAUCUAAAAGAGAAAAAAUCAAAUCAAAUUAAAGGUACUCCGUGAAAAAGAAAAUCCUGGAGGGCCCCAGGGCGUAUGUAUAUGUGUGUAUGCAUGUUAGUUAAUUUCCAAAAAGAAAAAAAAUCAAUUCCGAUAUUUUGUAGCAGCUGCAUUCCCUCCCCCCGCCUUACAUCCCUCUGAAAACCCCGCCCUGCUUCCCAAUUCACGCCCCUGCCUAGCAGCUUGUAUGUAUGUACCCUUAGCAUCUAAGACAUACUUAAACUUAGAGAUAUUUAUUGUAACACGAAAAACACACGAAACGCACACUCUGUACUUACAUACAACUCAAAGCGAGAUUCAACGCCCACAAAGCACAAAAAACACAAAACACACUAGUAAUUUGUAGCUCGUAAUUUAGUUUAAAUAUGUACAUAAAACCACAAGGACUUGAACCAAAAUAGUAUCGCUUAAACAGAAACGGAAACGAAAACGAAAGGAACGAGAGGAGAUAAUUACUAUUACUUAAUCCACCUGCUCCCCCUAAAAUGGUACUUACAACCAAAAUAAAACGAGAGUAUAAAUAAUAAUAAUGCAAAAUAAAUAUAAAAAACACAUUGGAAUGAAUGGAGGAUUGUGUAAACGCGGCAUUUAUCCAUGUACAUUUGUUGCACAAAGACUGACUGUCUUUUUUUUAAAUAAAAAUAUAUAUUAUACAGUUUUUUAAAAGCGAAA